AUGGAGAAUAAAGGAAACAAUAAUAUUAAAAAAGCGAUUGAGUUAUAUCAAGCUGCUUUAAAGGGUGAUUGGGAAGCUGCGAAGGGUAUAUUUAAAGAAGAUUCCUCAUGGAUCACUAAGAAGAUAACUAUAAAAAAGAAUACCGCACUCCAUGUUGCUGCUGCUGCAAAGCGAAUUGGUUUUGUUGAAGAGUUGGUUAAACUUUACUGUUCAAAUAACCAUGACUUAUUUAUAAAAAAUGGAGAAGGACAUACUGCCCUUUUUUAUGCUGCUAUUUCAGGAGUUGUAAGGAUCGCUGAAGCAAUUGUUAAGAAUGAUGAUCAAAGGCCUGGAAAUUCUGAUGUUAAUUAUGCUCAUCUAAUUGAAUAUUACGUGCCACUUCUUACCGCUGUAAUUUACAAACAUAUAGCAUUGGAUAUUCUGAAAGUGAAAUCUGGAUUGGCAAAGUGGAGGGAAAAAGAAAAUGGCGACACAGCUUUGCACUUACUAGCAAGAAAGCCAUAUGCAAUUGGUAGCAGCAACCAGCUUAGCUGCUUGAAGAAAUAUAUAAACUCUCGCUUCAACAGAGUUUAUAAAACAGCUCUGAUGCAAACAUUAGCUCAUCAAGUUGUUGAAUGCCUAUGCAAAUUUGUUGUGGAGAACCUUCCAGAACCCGAGCUACGAAAGUUCAUAACAACUCCCUCAAGUUUAUUACAUGAUGCAGCAAGAGUUGGAAAUGUUGAGUUUUUGAUAAUACUCAUUCGCUCCUAUCCCGAUUUCAUAUGGAUCGCUGACAAAGACAGCAAAACCAUAUUUCAUGUAGCAGUUGAAUAUCGACAAGAAAACGUGUUUAGUCUUAUACAUGAGAUAGGAGGGGUGAAGGAUUUCAUUGUCAAUGGUUUCAAUCAAAAGAAUGAUUGUAACAUUCUACACUUAGUUGGAAUGUUGGCAUCUCCAUAUCGCCUAAGCAAAGUGUCUGGGACAGCUCUACAAAUGCAAUACGAGUUUCGGUGGUUUAAGGAAGUGGAGGAAAUGGUUACCCCAUCCCAUUGUAAAAUGAAGAUAAAAAGAGACCAACCUAAGGAUCAAAAACCUGGUGAUCAGCCCCGACGGAAAGAUGAUGUUAUUGAUGGGCGAACAACUCGUGAGCCCGUACGGAAAGAUGAUGAUAUUUAUGGGCUAACACCUCGUGAACUCUUCUCAAAAAAGCAUGAAGACCUACGGGAAAAAGGGGAGGAGUGGAUCAGAAAGACGGCAAACUCGUGCAUGUUGGUGGCAACUCUAAUCACAACAAUGGUUUUUGCAGCAUCAUUUACGGUUCGAGGAGGCAACGGUGAUUAUGAGGAUGUCAUUUCCAUUCUCCAAACAAAUGUGGCAUUUAAAGUGUUCAUAGUAUUCGAUGUUGCAGCUCUGCAUGCAUGGCGGUGGCUUUCAGCGCGACCUUCUUUAUUGCGUAUGAUAAAACAAAGAUGACUAUUCCAUGGAUCAUUGCAGCAGUGAUCAUCCUUCCACCUAUCUGUUUUGUUGGGUUUCACUUGGAACUCGCUCGGGAUAUAUUGCAUUUAAGCUGUUUUCGAUUUUCCCCGAGAAAACACAAGAAAAGGCUAUGUUAGGCAAAUAAACCAAUGUAGCUUUUUUGUUUUCCAAAGAUAUGUUUAUCAUCUUGCAAUAAUGAACCUAUCGCAUUUGAAGUAAAA